AUGUCCCCCCUGUGCUGCCACGCCUGCCGGCGUGCCGGGAACGCGGCGAGUGAGUGCCCGUCUCUGUCCGCAGAGCAGCAGUACGCGGCGGCCGACUCCAACAGCUCGACGCCGGCCAAGUCGUUCGUGCCGUGCAAGGUGUGCGGCGACAAGGCGUCCGGCUACCACUACGGCGUCACCUCCUGCGAGGGAUGCAAGGGAUUUUUCCGGAGAAGUAUCCAGAAGCAGAUCGAGUACCGGUGCCUACGAGACGGCAAGUGCUUGGUCAUCCGGCUGAACCGCAACCGCUGCCAGUACUGCCGCUUCAAGAAAUGCCUCGCCGUUGGCAUGUCGCGGGACUCGGUGCGGUAUGGGCGCGUGCCGAAGAGGUCGCGCGAGCGCAGCGGCGAGGAGGCGGCGGCGACGCGCGUCGGCACGUCGGACGCCGAGCAGUCGGACGCGGAGAGCCGGCAGCUGGCCGUCUACGACGUCAUCCUCACCGUGUCGCAGGCCUACCACGCCAACUGCGGCUACACCGAGGAGCAGACGCGCGCGCUCGUGCGGAAGCCGCUCGCCACGCAGCCGCACCUCGCAGCCGCCGCCGAGGUUUCUGUGGCAGGUGGAACAAGUACGGAAACAUCUGAGGUUGCCUCAUCAACCGCUGAGUCUUUGGAACAGCAUCGUGUAUGGCUUUGGCAGCAGUUUGCUCAGCAUGUGACACCCAGUGUGCAAAGGGUUGUUGAGUUUGCCAAAAGAGUGCCAGGUUUCUGUGAUCUGAGUCAAGAUGAUCAGCUAAUACUUAUCAAAGUUGGUUUCUUUGAAAUAUGGUUAACUCAUGUUUCUCGGCUAACAUCUGACUCUUCACUCACCUUCUCAGAUGGAACAUACAUUACUAAGCAGCAGAUGGAAGUGAUGUAUGAUGUUGACUUCGUUACCUCAGUAUUUCAUUUUGCAUCGACAUUCAAUGCGCUUGCUCUAAAUGAUACAGAGCUUGGGCUGUUUUCAGCCGUAGUGCUCCUAACUGCUGAUCGCACUGGUAUAACUGAUAUCAAAGCAGUUGAGCACCACCAAGACCGGCUUAUUGAUGCCCUCAAAGUCCAGAUUGGGCGAAAUCAUGCAAGUGAUCCACAGUUGUUUGCAAGUCUGCUUGUGAAGCUGCCAGAACUAAGAAAUCUUGGUGUUAAACAUUCAACACACCUCGAAUGGUUUCGCCUCAACUGGACAAAACUGAGGCUGCCUCCCCUCUUUGCAGAGAUAUUUGACAUUCCAAAAUGUGAGGAGGAUCUACAGUAGAAGGUUUUCUGGCCUCUUCCUCCAUUCGAGGCACUUUUGUGAUAGAUACUCACUGUGAUUGGGCAGUUGGAAGUCAUGCACAUUGUGUGUGUUUAUUUUAAUUCAUUUUUCAUGUUCAUACAAGUGAGAUUGUUAAAUAAUUUCUUAAUAAUAUUUGGAAAUCUUUUUAUCACUCAUCUACUGUACUCUAUCUUCAACAUUUUCGAGAAGUGGAAGCAAGUUAGAAGUGAUCACAGUGAGUGUGCCAGAAAUGAACUUGCUGGUACGGAAUGCUGACUAUCACGACUGUGCUCUCUCUCCUCUUCUUGCUCAAUGGUUAGUGCUGGUGCAAUAGAGCUAUGCUCCCAACACAGUCUAUUUUUAUUGUUAGGUGCAGCUAUAGGCCUAUAUUUCCUAUACCUAUACACCUCAGACCUGGAUUUUUUCUUUGAAAAUUAAUUUAUUAUUUCAAGGUGUUUAUAAAGAACACAAUGCUCACGUUUGUUGUGCAUGGAAACAUAUCAUAAUUGUAUAAGAUUAGCAGGGCUAUGCAUUUUGUGCAUUUUAAUAUCUGCUAGAUAUCAAUUCCUCUCUAAAGAAAAGUAUAUAUAUACUGUAUAUUUGAUGUUGUGUA